AUGGUCUACGAAGCUACCGCCUCCGCGCCCGUCAACAUUGCCGUCAUCAAGUACUGGGGCAAGCGCGACACCAAGCUUAUCCUCCCGACCAACUCGUCGCUGUCGGUCACGCUGGACCAGGACCACCUGCGCAGCACGACGACGUCGCGCGCCGAUGCGAGCUUUGCUAAGGACCGCCUCUGGCUCAACGGCGAGGAAGAAGCGAUCAAGGAGGGUGGCCGUCUCCACACCUGCAUCAAGGAGCUGCGCGCCUGGCGUCUCGAGGAGGAGAGCAAGCAGGACAGCCUUCCCAAAAUCGGCGACCUCAAGCUCCACAUCGCGUCCUACAACAACUUCCCCACCGCUGCCGGUCUCGCCUCGUCAGCCUCGGGUCUUGCUGCCCUCGUCGCCUCCCUUGCUGCGCUCUACGAGCUUCCCCAGUCUCGGAGUGAGCUCUCGCGCAUCGCCCGCCAGGGAUCGGGCUCGGCGUGCCGCUCCCUCUUUGGCGGCUUUGUGGCAUGGCGCGAGGGUCACGCCAAGGACGGUUCGGACAGUCUGGCCGAGGAAGUCGCUCCCCGCGAGCACUGGCCCGACCUCCAGGCCUUGAUCUGCGUCGUCUCGGAUGCUAAGAAGGGCACAUCCUCGACUUCGGGCAUGCAGGCUACGGUCGAGACGUCGCCUCUUCUCCAGGAGCGUCUGCGUGUUGUCCCGCAGCGCAUGGUUGACAUUUCCACCGCGAUCGAAGCCCGCGACUUUGACGAGUUUGGCCGCAUCACCAUGGCCGACAGCAACCAGUUCCACGCCGUCUGCCUCGACACUGCGCCCCCCAUCUUCUACCUGAACGACACGUCGCGCGCCAUCAUCGCCCUCGUGCAGGAGCUCAACCGCGCCUCUGAGGCCAACGGUAACGGCCUCGUUGCCGCGUACACUUUCGACGCUGGACCCAACGCCGUCCUCUACGCGCCUGCGGCCAACAUGCCUGUGGUGAUUGCCGCCGUCAACAAGUACUUCCCGCAGGCGAACGCGUUUGCCGACCCCUUCCAGAUGGGUACCACUGCUACUCUGCCCGCUGGGUUUGAUGACAAGGUCGUCAAUGGUGGAUGGGAGAAGGGUGCGGUCAAGCAGCUCAUCCACACCCAGGUCGGUGAUGGGCCGCGCCGCCUCGACGACAAGGAGUCGCUCCUCAACACCGAGGGCAUCCCCAAGACCCUCGCGUAA